ACAGCACAAUCAAUGCUCAUUCAUUUAGUUCAUUCUUGAGUCUUGUGCCGUUUGUAUCCUAUUGUGUUUCUCCUCUACGUUUUUUGUGUAUUCGUUUAAUUUUGAUAAGAUAGGACAAUAAUUAUGUAACACUAAAGGUAUUUUAAAUAUAAUACAUUAAUAUUUAUACUCUAGUGAAAGGAAGUUAGGUUAGAAAACCCGGACAAAAUAAUCUUACGGUGAUAAAUUUUGAACUCGUCGAGUCAGCUGAUAUAUUUUUCGGUGGUGCAUAACUGAGGAAUAUACAAAAAAGUUACAAUGCCUGAUCAAGUGAUGGGUUUACAACUGAAAUGGGGGGUAGCCGGCGUGGGUAUGAUAGCUCACGACUUCUUGACCGCGCUGGGGACGCUGCCGGCUGAUCAGCACAAGGUCGUCGCCGUGGCCGGCAAAGAUAUAGAACGUGUCCACAGAUUGGCCACGCUCCACAAAAUCAACACAGCUUAUGAAGGCUACGAGUCACUCGCGCGUGAUGACUCUAUAGACAUUGUAUUCGUGAGUGUUCUCAAUUUGCAGCAUUACGAAAUAACUAAAUUAAUGUUAGAGAAUGGUAAACACGUGCUAUGCGAGAAGCCUAUGGGCAUGACUUACAAACAAACUAAAUCGCUGGUGGACCUGGCGCGCGAACAGAAACUCUUCCUCCUUGAAGGAAUGUGGUCGCGGUUCUUCCCUGCUUACGACGCUUUGGAUCAGCACAUAUCUUCUGGCGGGCUUGGGGACAUCUAUCACAUCAGCAUACAGUUUGGGGUCGAAAUUAACGACAUUGAGAGGAACUUAAUGAAAGAUUUGGGCGGCGGUGCAGUACUAGAUCUGGGUGUUUACAUGUUGCAACUAGUGCAAUUCAUAUACAAGGAGCCACCAACCGACAUCGUAUGCACAGGACAUUUGAGCAAAGCUGGAGUGGACGAGUCCAUUUCUUGCGCGCUCAAAUACAAAGAUGGCCGUACCGCUACAUUGUCGGCACAUACGAGGGCCAAUAUGCCCAAUAAGGCGGAGAUCGUUGGCACCAAAGGAGCUAUUGCUUUGGACUAUUUCUGGUGUCCCACCGUGCUACAAAUAUCAGCUGCUAACAACACAGAGUGGAGUUUACCCAAAGGCAAAUACAAGUUCCAUUUCCAUAAUAGUGCGGGACUCAGUUACGAGAUACAAGAAUGCUGGGAUUGUAUCAGCAAAGGCUUGCUGGAAAGUCCCAAAAUGAGUUUGGAUGAAUCUGUUCUAUUAGCUAAAUUGACUGACACUAUGCGCGCUCAAGUGGGUGUCUUAGAAGCUGAACUAAAUUGAGGGAACAAAACGAAUGCCAUUACCUUAAAUGUUAGCCAGUCCAAGUUUACAUAAUACUUAAAUAUAACAUAUACAUAAAGAGAUUUGCUUUAAUUAUAUUAUAUUGUAAUGCUAAGUGCCAGUGGAACAAAAGAGCUAUGCGUUGUGAUAUUUUACCUUUAUUCGGCUCAUACAUGUUUAUGAAAGUUACUUAAAGUACAGUAUUUACCUCAACUAACUGUGAUUAUUAGUAUGUUGUGAGAUGGUUGUUAAAUGUUAAUAUAAAAAAUAUAUACCGCACAAAUUCA